AAGGCGGAAACUGAACAUGACAUUAUUUUAACCACUGAAGCCUGAAGUGAUUAUUCAGUACAGAUCUCUCUUUAGAGACGAUUAUUGAGUAGCAGUUGUAGAGCUCCGGAUCUCUCCUGAUGGACUUACACACUGUGUGCUGCAGUCUGCUUCUGAUGCUGACAUGUUCAGGUCGAGGCUUUGGCCAAGUGUUGGAAUUACCUGAGAGUAUAAAUAAAACAGUUGGGGAGAAUGUAGUAAUUACCCCAAAACGUCUUCCUGAUCCUCCUUACUUCUCAGUCAGAUGGAGGGUUAAUACAACGAACAUUCUUAUUGGACCACUGAAUGGAUUUAUUAUACCGCCAGCGUACAAAGACAGAGUCAGUUUUAACACCACAUCUUUAGCUCUGGAGCUCAGGAGCCUGACUGAGAAUGAUACUGGACAAUAUGUACUGAGUGUAGAAACUGUAACUAGUUACAAUGGUCAGACCUCACUGCUGGUGCUUGUUCCAGUCUCCAACGUUACCAUAGUACCAAAUCAUACAGAGCUGGUUGAAAACAACACUGUGAGUUUCGUCUGCUCUGCAUCUGGUUCCUCUCUUUCAUUUAUUUGGCUAAAUGGCAGCUCUGAGGUAACGACAGGGGAGCGAGUCCAGCUAACAGACAACAACAGAAAUUUAACCAUUACCAGUGUGAGGAGAGGUGACACAGGCCCGUACGAGUGUGAAGCAUACAACAGCAUCAACAGUAAAAAGAGUCAAUCAAUCCUCAUGGUUUACUAUGGUCCUCUAAAUGUUGCUGCAGCAGCAGAUCCAGAGAAACCCUUCUACAGUUCUGGGUCUAAUCUCAAAUUAAACUGCUCAGCUGAGUCCAGGCCUGCUGCUAAGUUUCAGUGGGCUUUGAAUGGAAUAGAGCUUAGUGAAAUGGGCCAAGAGCUCAAACUGAACAACAUUCAGAUCAGUCAAAGUGGCAAUUACACCUGCAUAGUACAUAACACACAGACCCUACAAUAUUCUGUGUCUCCACCCAUCAGUGUCACUAUACUAGUGCCAGUCUCCAACAUUGCCAUAAUACCAAGUCUAAAAGAAGUUGAACUCAACAGCACUGUGAGUUUCGUCUGCUCUGCGUCCGGCUCCUCUCUUUCAUUUAUUUGGCUCAAUGGCAGUUCUGAGGUAACGGCAGGGGAGCGAGUUCAGCUAACAGACAACAAUAGAAAUUUGACCAUUACCAGUGUGAUCAGAGGUGACACAGGCCCAUACGAGUGUGAAGCAUACAACAGCGUCAGCAGAAAAAAGAGUCUCCCAUUCAGCCUCACCAUUAAGAUUAAUGAUAGUGGGAGUGAAGGAGGAGAUGGAGAUGCACUGUCUGCAGGAGCUAUAGCUGGGAUUGUUAUUGGAGUUUUAUUAGCUGUUGCUGCAAUUGCUGGUUUGAUUUUCUAUUUUGUGAAAGUAAAAGAAAUGCCAAGAACAAACUCCAGAGGAAAUAACCAGAGUGAAGCAACACAUAAUGCAGGUGGACAUGAUUCAAACUAUGAGAAUAUCCUCAGAUUCCAUAAUCCGAACACCGGGGUGACUGUGGGUGGAUCUGACACUCAGACGCCUCACACGCCUCACCCUGUUACGGAUACAUACUAUGAAAAUAUGGUCAGCUUCCAAAAUAAGAACCCUGUGAUGCGUCACACACCUCACCCUGAUGAGGGAGUAAUAUAUGAAAACCCCUGACAUGCAGAAAUCAGCUCUUUGUAGAUAAUGAGGGAUUACAGUGGGCAAAUGUCACCAGCUCUGGGAGGAGGAAGUAACAGUGAAUAUUUGGUUUGAUUGGUGUCAAGAGAGAAAAAAAACAUUAUGAUUAUUAAGUAUCUUUUAUAAAUAAUUAUAGCAUGAGUAGAAGUCUGUGCAUUUGAGAGAUCUGAUAGAUGAAAAUGUAUAAAAACAUGUAUGUGUAGUAAUUUUAUAAGAAAAUAAAUUGCAUUACUUCUUUAUUCAUUAUAAUGUACUUAAGAUUAGUGAAUUUAACUUUUUCAAGUUUAGUCUUAUUCUACUGUUAUUUAUAGUGUUGUUUAUCUGGUCUUCACAUAGACUGUGAUAAGAAAUAUCCUUGAAUUUUUUCUUUUACCCUGCUUUCCAUAUUUUUCCCCCCUCUUUUAAAGCAGAAAACUGUCACUGACUCUCACUGUUUUCUAAUGACAAUUCUAGAUAUAUUCUGUAAAAUCAUUUAUUAGCCAUAUGUGUCUAAUUUUCAUGUUUUAUAUUCCCUCUUUUAUCCUGAACCCAUUCACUGGUAUACAGAACACUCAUUAGGAAAAUCAGCCACACUUCCUUAAUCCAGCAUCCUUUCAUUAUCAAUAGUUAAUACAGAAAAAGUGGAGGAAAUUAGUGGGAUUAGUGUCAGGUCACUGCUAGUUUCAACUCAUUACCUGACUUUACAGAUUCCUUAAACCUCUUUUGUCUUUCACAAAUUACUUUUGUCUCUACUUCCCUGUUAAGCAGUUAUUUCCCUGUUUUUUCUCACAUCAUCUUGUUUAUACAUUGUAUUAUGUAUAUACUGCAUAUUUAUAAUCACAGCCUCCAGUGUCACCUAUAUGAGGAUGGGUUCCCCUUUGAGUCUGGUUCCUCUCAAGGUUUCUUCCUUUACCAUCUAAGGGAGAUUUUCUUUGCCACUGCUGCCUGAGUCACCUCAGACUUGCUCAUUGGGGAUAAAUACAUACACAUUGUGACCUAAUAUAUAUAUAAAACAUUAAUCUUGAAUUUUGUAUUCUAUUAAUCUUUAUAUUAUUCUUUAUAUUAACCUUUUGUUCUAUGUUUGUUCUGUAAAGCUGCUUUGAGACAAUGUCAAUUGUAAAAAGCGCUAUACAAAUAACCUUGAAUUGAAUUUAAUAUGCAUGUAUCUGCUUUGUUUCUUUGCUAUGUGUUUUUCCUAAUAAAUACUUGCUAAUAUUCCA